AUGUCCAGAAGAAAGAUUUACAAAGAUGAUCCACCUGACCUACUAGAUGGACUCUUCUUUAAAAGAUCCUUGCGACUGUUUAAGCAACUGGUUGACAAAACAGUUGCUCAGAAAAGGGAGCAAAGAUUAGGCCUGCCUGUAAAGGAUUCUGAAGAAAUUGAUUAUGACAAAUUCUUUGAUGCAGUAAAGAGUCUUUUUGGUCCAGAUGUGAAAGCCCAAGAUGUUAAAACCUUCUAUAGGAAGAUUAGCAACAACCCAGAUGGGAAGACAGAAUGGUGUGAAAUAUUUGGAUACUACAUGGUGGAAGGCGAUAUUCUUGCUGCCCAGCUUGAUGAAGAAAAUAUGGUUUUCCUGGUAUCCAAAAAGCAACGGAUUACAAAAGCAGGAGUCAAGAGAAGUGAUGUAAUAAGAUGCAUGGUAAAGAUAUCUCAACUUGAUUUUUUGCUAACAGCAUCUCAGAGGGGAAUGUUGUCUAUUUUUUCUGGCCAGAUGCGAAUACUAGCAAGCACCAGCAUCCCAGACAGUUCAUGGAUCACCGGAUGUGACUAUCUUGGUCAACUGAAGCGUGUUGUUGGCGUGACAGAAAGAACUAUCGUCAUAUGGGAUUAUAAAACACAAGGGAGUGCCCUGGAUAACUGCUGUAUAAUAAAACCUAUGGAACAUUGCCUCCUCUCUGUUUCUGCCAUUCCUCACCCAUCAGAACUUCUAGUGAAGGAUGACAUCUUGCUGGGGGAUGAUGGUGGAUAUGUUACUUUGUUCACACUUACCAGUGACGACUUUGGUCUAAAACAGACUAAAUCUAAAAAGAAACUGCACAUGCUGAUAAUAGAUUCUAAGAAAUUCAAGAGCAUUAAACGUAAACUGCAUGAUGACUGGGUUAUAAAAGUAAAAUACAUUCCAGCUUUGAACUGUUUUGGAUCCUGUUCAUUGGAUAGCAUUCAUUCAUUGGUUUUGGAUGACCUGAAAAGACUUGAAGACAAUUUGCCUGUCAGGGAAUUUUCGGUACUGAGGGGAGUUAAUGCUUUCACAUAUUGUGUAAAAGCCAAUAUCAUUGUUACAGGAGGAGAAGAUAAGAUUCUUCGUUUAUGGCAUCCAAACAUCAACACCAAGCCAGUGGGGAAAUUGAUGGGACAUUUAUUUAGUAUCACAGAGAUUGUCACCAAUGAAAAGGAUCAACACAUUAUCAGUCUUUCUACUGCAAAGAUUUUCAGAGUGUGGGAUAUCCAGACUCUUUCAUUGAUGCAAGUGUUCCAUGAUGUUCAAGGAGCAAACAGAGAGUCACAAAUUUUUGCUAUGGCAUUUGAUAAUAACCAUGGAAUACUUAUUGCAGGAUCGUCCGUCAUCGAUAUUUAUCCUCUCACUCGGAUGAUACAAGAUACUAAGCAAGUCCCCCAGACCCAUGAAAGGAGCAUCAAUGUGCUGGUUUACAACAAAGUUUUUCACCAAGUUCUUAGUAUCUGUUCUGAGUCUAUUGUAAAGGUCUGGGAAUUGGAAACAGGACAGCUAAUAUACCAGAUUGAAGAUGCCCAUGGGCCAGGAGUUGAGUUGACAUGUGCAGCGGUUGAUAAAAAUGGAUUUCAUCUUGCUACUGGAGCAUGUGAUGGAACUGUGAAAGUAUGGGAUUUUGGAAGUGGGCAGGUACUUAAAAUUUUGCCCUUAGACAAGGAAAUCACGGUCAAUGAACAUUGGCUGAUGCAGAUGGUGUACCUGAAAGCCAGUGAGAGUAAGCAUGUGAUCCUAGUCUUGGAAUACAGUGGGAGGAUCAAAAUUGUUCAGGCUAAUCAAGGUGAAAAUUACAUGUCCAUAACUUGGGAACUUCCUGAAGCUGUGUCAUUUGCUUUACAAGGCUAUCCACUCAUUUUCCUUAAACUGUCUCCCAAUGUCAAAAAAAAUAAUGGUUUUUUUCCAGACAUUGAACUAUUGCUUGAUACAGAUCUCACAAACUCAAAUGCUGAGCUACCUCCUAGGAUUGAAGUAAAGUGCUUUGAUUUGUUAAAAGUAGAAGGUUACAGUUUGUUAGCUACUGCAAGUGCAAAUGGUUCUAUCAUCAUGUGGGAUUUUGAAGCUGCCACAGCCAGACACAUAUUCAAAGCUCAACGUGCUAUUCACUCAGAUAGAUCCAAAUUACUUAAAAUCAACUGGUUACUAUUCCUGUAUCGAGAUACUGUGUCACAGAGCCUUAUUACCUACUGUUCCCAAAAGUGCAAUGAGAUGACUGGUUGGUAUAAUUCUUUAAAGAAAUCGGUAGCAGAAGAAAUAAAGCUUCUAGAUUCUUCCAUAAGCAAAGGAGCAAUAGCCAAUGUAUUAUCAGUUGGAAAACAUGAUUAUCUUUCUAUACCCAUACUUGCCUCAGCACAUGAAAAUGGUUUCAUUUAUCUAUGGAGCAUUAUGGGAGAUCUACUGAAAGAAAUUCUGCCUUACACAAAACAUCCUCCCAUUCCUUUGACAGCACUUUGUGCUGAUGGGGCUGUCGAAAUGCUUUUCGCUGCUAACAAAGAGGGAAAUGUUAUUCGAUGGAACAUUGGCUCAUUCCUGCAAGAUCCAAAAGAUCCAAGCAGGCAUGUAAAGCAACAAAUGUGUUGGCGGGCUCAUUCUGCUAAAAUAGUCAAUCUAUCUUGUGAUGAUGAAAAAUGCCUAGUGAUGACUGCCUCCACUGAUGGUUCUGUCAGACUUUGGCAUUCAAUUCGUGGAGUCUAUUUUGGCUAUUUUGGACAGCGCCGAGUGUUUGAAAUUACUGAAUCCUCUGAUAUAAUUUUGCCCUGCGAUGUAAAUGAAAUUCCAUUCACAAUAAAAGAAGAAUCCAAGUUUAUGGAUAAAAAGCAGAAGUUUGAAUACCCUCUGUUUUUUGACAGGGAAAAAUGGAAGACCCUGACUAAAUCAUCUUUAAACUUGAGAAAGCCUAGCCGACAUGACGUUGAUCUGGAUUUUAAGUUUUUCAAGGCCCUGGCUUCUCCCAAGGUCAAUAAAUCCCCCUUGGAAAGUUUCAAAUCUGGAAACAAAGAAGCUGGCAUUGUAUUUGGAGCUAUACCAAUCUAUAGGGUGAGUUCAAAGUAA